GACUGAAGACAAACCUUUGGUCUAACCAAAAAUGCCAAAAAUCCAGAAAAACUGGUCCCAUAGACGCAAAAAGAAGAAAAUUGAAGAAACGUUGACCAAAGAUGUUAAAAGAACGAGGCGACGGUCUAGAAUUUCGUUCACCGCGAGAAGAUACAGAAAGACGAUUAGGAGUAGAAAUAUUUCGAAAAUCUUGACACCAAAAAAGGAAUCUCUUGAUAAUCCUCUUGAAGGUGGAGAUUUCUCCACCAAGCAACAAUGUGAAGUGGAACCUCGCGACUCUACAAUCCACGUCGUGGAGCCUGACGACGACGACGACGACUACGAACCAGACGAUGAAGACGAAGAUAAAUCCCACUCGUCUCAGGCGCGCAGUCCUCACACUAUAGUCAUGGCGCAGUACAACGCGUUGCACAUGCCAUACGGAGGCGGCGAAUAUUCUGAGUCAGAGAAUGAAGAUUUUGGUGCUCAGAGUGACGAUAGCGUUGAAGACAAAAAGUACAUAGAUUCGGGUCUCAGACCUUUGAAAGCUGGAGAGUCGAGACUGUUUUUGCACAAAAUUAAACAUGAUGCGAAGAAAACCACCCCCAAGAAGUACGAUGGAGUGCAGCCACUUCUGAAGAAAAUAUCGUCUAGUGUGUUUAGAAAGGAGAAGGAGCCUGAAAAGGAGGAGUUGGAAGAAGAGCAACCGAGCGAAGUUGCGUCAAAACCGUCUAGCGUGAUUGAAGACACAGACGAGGACAGAACUGAAGAAACGGAGGAUGAGAGGGAGGAAACGGAAGACGAGGUAGUAGAACCGGAAGAAGAAGAGGUAGUAGAACCGGAAGAAGAAGAAGUCGUAGAACCAGAAGAAGAAGAAGUGGAACCAGAAGAAAUCCCUUCGACGGCCACACUCACGUCACACCCAUCUGGGUUAAUCGACACGCGACCUUUGUUGAAGUUCGAUGAACCAGAGGACGUGAAAGACGAACCAGGUGACUAUUCCAGAACCAAGAUUACGUCACAGCCGUCUGGAUUGAUCGACACGCGACCUUUGCUCAAAUUCGGGGAACCCGAAGACGACAAACCUGUCAAACCGCAACCCAAGCACGACUUCAAACCCAAAUUCAAGCUAAAGAGGUUCAGAAAGAAGAAAGAUGAUAUUUGUGUUCACACCAAGGAGGUUCCUGAGGGUCAAUUGAAGGAGUAUUCUUCAACCACAGUGGACGGAGUCACCGUUAAAGAGAAGAAACGAAGAUCUAUAUUUAGGUUCUUCAGGAAGAACGAUUUCUGCGUGCACACCGCCGAACCUGGUAAAGACACACUGUCAGUUGACAGUUCUCGUUUGUCCCUUAUGAACAUUGCGAAAGAGACUAAAAUUGCGAAUUACGACGUGCAACAGUCGGUUAUUGAGGAAACACACCAAGUUAGACAUCUGGCACCGAUUGAAGAAAGUCAAAAACGAACCAGAAAACCAGUUGAGCGUCCCCAAUCUUCAUCUAGAUCUUCGUCUAAGUCGAAUCUGUCGCAGUUUCGCCAGACGUCGCUUUUGCUUCCGAGCAAUCGGGAACGGCGAUUUUCGAAAAAUUUCAAGAGCAAGGGUGAUUUUAGCGACAGCACGUCUUCCAGAUCUUCACGAAGCAAAAACAGUGGAAGAUAUUUUUCGAAGCGGAAAAAACCGAAGAAACAGAAAACGAAAGCAAAAAAUGAUUAAAAAGUUGUUGCUCGAG